UAUAUGUCGAUUGAUACGCUGCAGGUAGGAGUCUUAGCUGGACAUGUUACUAUUGUCGUGUAUGGGAUUUGAUUUGGUGGUAUACACCCUAGAGCACUCGAUUUAAUUAGGUGUUUGCUUCGUAGGAUUGGACCACCCCAGUGGACUCAUUCUAAGACUGGGUUUUGUCUCGUUCCAACCAGUGCACCACUGCUAUUUUAGUAUAGUAAAUGGUCUGGGGUUUUAUAUUUUUUUAAGAGUUGAAACCGUUCCCUAGAGAAAACCUGUUCAUUUCAGAUAACAAAAACGCAUAGCCCAUAGGUAUAUACACCACUUUGUGUUUGCAUGCGUAUGUUGGAUAGCAUAUUAUAAAUAUUUCCGAUCACAAAUAUCUACGUCACAGAGUAAGUUGAUUCACAAGACUAAGCCUGCAUGAUUUGUAUCUCAGAUGAUGAAUACAUGACUGUAUGUACAUCACUGUUCGUAUGCAUAACACUGUUUGAACUUUAUUGCAAAUGAUGCAUAAGCACGGGCCUAUAUCUACGUCACCGAGUACGUGAUCCACGUGAAUAAUAUCAACAUUGUUUGUAUUUCAGAUAACGCUUAUAGAAGCACACAGACCAAUACGACAUCACGCAGCACUGAACAAGAAAUCCACGUCACUAACACUGUUUGACUUCCAUUUCAGAUGACGCUUACGGGUGCACUCAGACCAAUAUGACGGCAUCCAACACGGAUCAACAAGAGAUCCACGUCACUAACACUGUAUGACUUGUAUUUCAAAUGACGUUUAUGGCAACACACAGACCAAUGUGACGUCACGCAGCACGGAACAACAAGAUAUCCACGUCACUAACACUGUAGAACUUGUAUUUCAGAUGACGCUUACGAGAACACACAGAGAAAUAUAACGUCAAACAACACAUGAUCUACGUCACUCAUACUGUAUUAUUUGUAUUUCAGAUGACGCUUACGGGAACACACACAUCAACAUGACGUCAAACAGCACAGAACAGCGAGUGAUCCACGUCACCGGACUCACUGUCCUGCUGCAGAUUCUGGAACACCACGUGCCUCUGUCACUCGGCAUCAACAAGUCUGUUACGCCCAUCUGGUACGUGUUCGGGGUGAUUGGCAACGUGACGUCAGCUUUCAUCUGGCUCAACAAGAGACUGCGCAAGUGCAACAACGCUGCCUUCUACCUGGCGUCGCUGGCCGUCACGGACCUCAUAUUUCUCAUCCUGCAUCUCUUCUACGAGCUCCAGAAUCCCUGGCUCUUGGGAAGCCUGAACGUCCAAGGGUGGUGCCAGAUCUGGAACAUGCUCUACAUGGCUGCGGGCUACACGUGUGUUCUCUUGGUUUUCGCCUUCACGUUCGAGCGAUUCCUGUCCAUAUGUCAUCCAUUCAGGUCCGAAAGGUUCAGCACGUCUUCGCGAUCGCUUCGCGUGAUCGCGUCGAUCGUCUGCCUGUGUCUCGUGCUCGCAACCCCGCAGCUCUACUUCUGGACCAUGACUUCUAAAGGCGAGUGUCAGGUCAGGAUGUCGGAGCUAAUCAAAAUGGAGAACUCAUUCUACUCCAUCUGGACGUGGGGGUCGGAGAUGAUCAUGUUCGGGGUGAUCCCGUUGAUUGUUCUCUUUCUAAACAUAUGUGUCCUCAGAAAGGUCCGCUACAUUGGGCAGCUCAAGAUGAGCGACAGCUGCACAAAUGGGAACCUUCGUUACAAGCCCAUCACCAUCACGUUGCUGUGGGUGUCUUUUUUUCUGAUCUUCACCACGUUGCCCGUGACGAUCACGUUCACCCUUCAGACGAAAAUCACAUUGGGACCCGCCCUCACUAUGCAGGAGAUUGGUCACGACCCAGCGUGGCAGGCCUAUUUCUCCUACUACAUGGCAAGGACUAUAAUCAAGGAGAUAGGGCUAUCCCACCACGCGUGUAAUAUGAUCAUUUAUUGUCUGACGAGCCAAAAGUUCAGGGCUCACAUCUGUCGUCUGCUUCUUGGGCCCGGUGUCACGUGCGGGCAGAACUCAAGUUCUAACUCCGACCAGAAGGAACAAGAAUUUAACAGUGGCAGACACAUUACAUUAACUCCUAUGCCUAUAGUGAAAAAUGGAUCUAGGGCAGUCCUGUUAGCUAAAGAUCUGAAAUAA